GUUGAUCGCCGUCACGCAAGCUACGCUCGCACAUAACGAGAAUGGCCGACGUCUCCGCGAACACCGGACGCGAGGGCUGUCAGUGCCUGAUUCAGAUCCUCUCUGCGCCGCAGAUCGCAGUCAUCUAUGACGAGAAGUACGAGUACGAGGCGUCUUACGGAUGGCAAGGCUGCAAGUCAUACGAUGUGGAUCGGCCUCCUUUUUGCGAGCCGCACAGCAAAUUGAAACUCAAUGACGAUCCCGACUUUUGCACUUCAGAGUGGUGCUACGUCAACAAAAGUGCGUGCACGACGGCGGCGUAUAAGCCGUCAGCCUUCUUUGACGACGGCGUUUUCUACUCUUACGAGACCUGCAAUUCCACGGACACAUUCACGAAAUGUUACGACAACGGGGCCUGCAAGGAGCUCGUCCAUUCCAUCUAUGCCGGGGCGAUAUGUGAGUCCGGGAGAGGCCAGCGCUGUGGAAGCAACAGUCUGACAUGAUUCGGCCCGCUCCCAUCAUCAUCAUCAGGCGCCUUUGUCAUGAUUGUCCUCGUCGUUGUGUACACCGUCGUCGCCCUCAACGCCCUGCGAAAGCGGGAGCGCGUGCCUCGCCCCUGGGACCUGAUUGUCUUGGCAUGCCGCGGCGCGCUCAUGGCCUGGGACCGCGCAAAGGAAGGUGAGACGCUCGCCACAGGCCGGCGCAGCGG